AUGUUGCUCUGGAUUGCCGCCGUGACGCUGCUGGCAUCGAUUGCCGUCUACCUCAUACAGCGAGCAAGCUUUUCCCGCUUCAGGCAGUAUGCCAACUUUCCCCAGCUCCGAUCGUCACUCCUAUGGGGCCAUCUGAAGGCGCUGGACGGCGUUAUGCGCGAAGGCGAUAGACGCCGCCACAUUGACCAGGUCUUCCUAGAAAUAAAGCAAAAGCUAAACAACCCCCCGGUAUUCAUCGCUGAUUUCCGCCCGUUCCUGCACGUCAUCUGUGUGAUCUGUGACCAUGGGGUGGCCGAGCAGAUCUCGCGCAGCUCGAAGAUAUUCCCGUAUAGUGUCCCCAAGGGCAACGCGGCGGACAUUUUCAAGCCACUAAUGGGCGCAAAGUCGAUUAUUUUAUCUGAAGGAACCGAAUGGAAGGGGCUCCGAAAGCGCUUCAAUCCAGGGUUCGCUCCGCAGCAUCUGAUAUCGCUUCUUCCGUGCAUUAUCGACCGCGUUGGCCAAUUCAUCGAGAUCCUUGAUGGCUAUGCGGCGUCGGGUGAAGUCUUCGGUCUGGGCGAGCUGUGCACCAACCUCACGUUUGAUGUCAUUGGAGCCGUAUCAAUGGACGAGGACUUCCGCGCGCAACGCGAACAAGCGGCCCAGAGUGAAAUCGUCGUCUUAUUCCGCGACUUUGUCGCGACUUGGCGCACUGGAGGGAGCGCCGCGUGGGAUGUGUUCAAAGUGCGAGCGCAGGCACGGCGAUGGUGGCUCUCGCGCAGGCUAAACAGGGUCCUUAGGCGCGAGGUUCAGCGGAAGUAUGCCGAGUGGAAAGCUCACGGCGCUCGGAAGCAGGCUAGGAGUGUCCUCGCACUUAGCUUUGAGGCUGUAGAAAGUCUGGAUGGACAUAUCUUGGAUCAGACGUGUGAUCAGAUCAAGACUUUUCUGUUUGCGGGUCAUGAUACGACAAGUAGUCUUCUUCAAUGGGCGUUCUACGAGCUAAGCCGGACUCCUCAUGCUCUUCGGGCUGCGCGACAGGAGCUGGAAGAUAUAUUCGGCCCUGAUUCAUCACCAGAUGCAGUGCGCGCUCAGUUACUGACUGGCCAAAGCGAGAACUUGUUGAGUCGCAUGCCGUAUAUAUCCGCUAUCGUCAAGGAAACGCUGCGCCUCCAUCCUCCAGCCGGAACAGCACGCCAUGUCCCCUACGGAUCAGGGUUUAACGUUCAACUACCAGAUGGAGAGAUGCUUUGCCUUGAUGGGAUGGUCCUGCACAACUGUGCAACAAUCAUCCAGCGAGAUGAGAGGGUGUAUGGACCAACGAAGGAAACGUUCGUCCCAGAGCGCUGGUUGGAUCAGCAACCAAAUGGAGCAGAGACAGAGGCUAAUAGUCUACCACCCUCUGCAUGGCGUCCAUUUGAACGUGGUCCUCGAAAUUGCAUUGGGCAGGAGCUGGCUAUUAUUGAAGCUCGCGUGGUGUUGGCGUGCACGUUGCGGCGUUAUGACUUUACAAAGGUCGGGUUGGGAGAGGUUCAGCGUAAUAACAAAGGACAGGCUGUUAUGGAUGAAGGUGGACAGUAUAAGGUUAAGUCUGAACUGUUUAAUAUUUGGGAGGUGAUUGGGAAGCCCGUCGAUGGGACACAGAUGAGAGUCGCAAUUACUGGAGUUGAUAUUCAAUAG